AUGGACGUCGUGUUCGCCCUGCAAGACGCCAUCCAAGAUGGUAAGCCCCGUCUCGGAGCGAUACAAGACACUGCAGCUCGGGAGAUGAUCCAAGCCGUGCCAGAACAAAACCGCAGUACUUUCCACGACAUGACCAAUGCGACAGGAAUCUCUAAAAGCAUCCUUGCACGGCAUUUCAAAGCUGGAACAAUUGAGCGACGUUCCUCCCUGCUCAAGCCGCUCGUUACCAAGGACAACAGGCUCGAACGCCUAGCGUUCUGUGGUGCACAUGUGAAAGUGAACUUGGAGGCUCUUACGAACCUGAACCCUUGCUUGACAAGCAGCGUCGGCGAAGCCGACGCUAUCUCCGAAGACGCCCCUUGUGUCCACCUUGACGAGAAAUGGUUCAAUGCGGGCAUGGGCAAGAGAAAAAUCUACGUGGUCCCUGGUCAAGAUACUGCGCGUCGUGUGUGCAAGUCCAAGCGCUUUGUCCCAAAGGUUAUGUUCUUGGCAGCAGUCGCACGUCCAAGGCCCGAGGAGGCUUCGAAGGCAAGAUCGGUCUUUGGCCCUUUGCGACCCAGUCGCCAGCACUCCGUAACUCACGCGACCUACCGGGACUUCGUGCUCCACCAAGUUGUGCCUGCAAUCAAGAGUCGAUUUCCAAGCAAGACCAAGCGCGUCUUUUUGCAACACGACAAUGCAACUCCGCAUGCGACAAUCGAUGACGGAGUCCUGACUGAGGUGACCACGGAUGGUUGGGUCUUUAUGGUGCGUCGGCAGCCGCCGAACAGCCCGGACCUCAAUGACCUGGACCUGGGCUUUUUUGCUUCAAUCCAAGCCCAAAAGUAUAAAACUUUCAGCCGGUCUGUCGAUGACGUGAUCAGCUCGACGUUGCGCAACCUCACCGACGACGAGCGCGAGGCCAUCCUUCGGGAAGUCUUGCUUCGCAGAAACGGCAGCUAUAUGACGAGGCUGCCGAAAGGCUUCAGCCAGGAGCUGGCGGAGAAGUACAACUGCAUUGUGUCCACCAUUCGCCGGGUCUUUGCGGUUGCCAAGCAGCAGGGAAUUGGUGAAGACAACAUGAAAGUAUCUGUCGCCAGGAAGAUGAAAGAGCUGAACAAUAUGCUGCAGUACGUGCACUUGGACGUGAAGUGGCUUUACCUCACCAAGGUGAGCCGUAAGUAUUAUCUCGUACCUGGAAAGAAAGAGCCAAAACGAGAGUACAAAAGCAAACGGAAUAUUACGGAAGUAAUGUUCCUCUGCGCUGUGGCCCGUCCGCGGUACGACUGCGUCACCGACAAGUGGUGGGACGGCAAGAUCGGCGUAUUGCCAUUUGUGGCGACCGUCGAAGCGCAACGUGACAGUGUGAACCGUAAAGGUGGAACUCUCGAAAACAAGUCAGUCGUCGUGACAAAGGACGUGUACUGUACCGUCUUGCUGGAAAAGGUCUUGCCUGCCAUCGUCGCCAAAUGGCCACAGGUCGACAACACCAUCAAACUGCAGCACGACAAUGACCGAGCUCUUUCGUUGGGCUGGAUGAUGUCCCUCGCCCCGCAGCCGCCAAACUCUCUGGACACAAACGUCUUGGAUCUCGGUUUCUUUGCGGCCAUCCAAUCCCUACAACAACGCAAGUCAGCGCGCACAAUUGACGAGCUCGUUGGCCACGUGGAGUGCGCGUUCGAGGAGCACCCCUUGGUGCGUUUGAAUCACACGUUCUUGACGCUUCAGUCGUGCGUGGUGGAGACCUUGAAGCUGUUCGGCGGCAAUGGCUACAAGGUGCCACACAAGUCUAAACACAAGGAAGAGCGCAAUGGGAUGUUACCGGAGAACGUGUUGUGCCCAAGCGUAGUCUUCGAUGCAGCCAUGGUCAAGGUGGACGAUAUGACGUCUGCUGAGCAGCGUCGUGUCCUGGCAGCCGAACUUGAAGACGCUCGUUGCAUCGACGAGCUCGCACAGGCACUCGAAGCAGUUGCGCUGGGCGACGAGGAGUCGUACGACAUGAUCACAGUUCUUGGUGAAGCAGGAAUCGAUCCAGUCAGUGUAGAAGAUUACGAGUAA